AAGACGCAGUAUUGGAACAUCCAGUUAAGUGGCCCGAUCUAUCUGCACUUCUACAUCUUGAAUCGUGUCUUCUUUAACAUCUUUACUGACGUGAAUAUUUAGUUUUGUGGUGAUGAUUCCAGGACAACUAUAUUGAAACAGUAAUGCAUAAUUCUGCCAGAGCCUUGCCGAGAUUCGUUGGAGCGGGAUGUCAGAGGGCGCUGAACAAUAUUACAGAGCGUGUUGGACACUGUAAAAGGUUUAGUUCACUCAUCAGCCUGCCAGUUAAGGUAGAAGCGGUCGCAGAACGCACCUGUCAAACUUACGGACAGGGAGUGAAAUGGCACGAGCAACAGCGCCACGUACUCUACAUUGAUUCAAAAGCCGGAUAUAUCCACAGAUGGAACGCGGAGACAAAUGAAAGCGACAAGCACAUGUUCCACGACCGGACGACAAUGUUUCUGCCUGUUGAUAAAGACAAGUACAUAGUCAGCAUCGGCCCACGGCUGUGCAAGUUCGAGUGGAUGGGGCGAAGAAUCACUCCAUUGGUCACUGUGGACGAGACCAAGCGGAUCCGACUGAGAGACGGUAGUUGUGACGCGUUUGGAAGAAUUUGGUUUGGAACCAGCCACGCUGCGAAUGCUGCAGCCGACGCUCCGACAAAAGGCGCUCUUUUAUGUUUGGAACCAGACGGCGCGCUCCGCAAGCAGGCUGAUGGUGUUAACGUUUCCGGACGUGUAGCUUGGUCUUUUGAUCACAAGACUAUGUUCUACGUUGACCCUGUCGCUCGCCAGAUCGCGGCAUACGACUUUGACAUCGACUUGGGAAAAAUUUGUCAUCGACGUGUUUUGGUGGAUCUAGCCGGCAAAAACAGCCUGUCUCGGUGGGGCUACCCGACGGACAUUGCCGUUGACUCCGACGGCAAUCUAUGGGUGACCUGCUGCAUGACAGGUCGGAUCGUCAAAUUCGACACCUGCACGGGGACAGAACUGAAUUCCGUGAGCAUUCCGUCACUGCGUUCCACUUCCCUCUGUUUUGGAGGCGACCAUAUGGAUGAGAUAUUCGUCACCACGUCGCGCCUGGGGGCCUCAGAUAAGGAACUAGAGCAAUUUCCCCUGUCUGGUUCCCUGUUCCGGGUGACUGGUCAUGGAACGCGUGGUCUCUUGGAAAACCGGGCGCCGGCAUUUUAAUCAGUGUUUUUACUCUGAACACUUGAACAUAUUAAUAAUAAGGGUUCAGCUGCGUUAUAAUGGAUUUCAUGAUAGUAGCAUUGUUUGUUAAUAAUGCUAAAUUGAAUGUUGUAACUCAUCGAAUAGUGGAAAUCAAAAUUGCGCUCUUGUUGUUUCUAAUAUCAUCGUUCAAGCCUAUAUGAAACUUUAUGUCCAUUUAUUUAUUUGAACCCCUACAAAGAGACCAUACAUAACAUGUACACAAAGUUAAUCCAGAAGCACAAGAAGGAUACAUGUUCUGUAUCAUAUAAAUAAGACGUAGCUCGUUACUGCUGAUACACUCUGAAUGUUAAAGUUUGUUGUAGGAUUGUCAACUUUUUAAAGUGGAAAAAUAUUUAUUCCAUCCAUAUGUGUACAUUUCAAUGCAUUAUUAUGCGGGAAAAUAAUUGCAUCUUUAUAUAAGUAUAUGAUUAUGUACACAAUGUUUAGCCCUUAAGAGAAUGAAAAAUGUAUAACAAGCCUUCUUUCUAACAGAUAUAAAUGCAUUGCAAAAACAUGUGAAACUGAUAUUUCCAUUUUCUGUCUUUGUUACGAUACUCUUUAAAAAAAGUAAAGUUGGUAAUCGAUUUGAUAAAAUUAAAAUAAAACAUAUUUAAAUAACCUAUAUAACUACAGAAAAGCAAGGCUUUGAUAGUAUUGCAAGCGAAACAGAAGUCACCUACCGGUGGAACCCAAAUCACUUAAAGGUCGACCACUUUUCAUAAUGCCUGUUAUAGAUGUUCACUUGACAUAUUUUAUAAAAAAAAUC